AAACAAAUCAUCCACUCUGUGUUUGCGUGCGUGCAUGCGUGUGUGUGUGAGAGAGAAGAGAGCCUUGCAUCAUGCAAUCAUGCAAGGUUCUUUUAACACAACUCUGUAGCUGCGUUGACAAAAGAUAUUGUAAUUUGUAUCUCCAAUAUGAAAACCGAAAACUUUAUGUUAUUUUUUGAAAGUCUGGCCUGCCUAUUUAAGAAGAUAUCCGGGUUGCUAAGAUACAUGCCAGCACUUUCUGCUCCAUCCUGUCUAUUCUCCCCCACGUUUCCUGCAUUAAACUUUUCUCAUUCAAUCAAAAAACUCGAUCCCCCAUUGCUUUUUCUUUUUUCUUUUUUCAAAUCAAGAUCUUUUCAGAGCUUCAAUUAGUAACAAAAGGCAAGAUGUGGGCAUUGUUCAUUGGAGCUUUGAUAAUUAUAAUCAUCACACAUUGGGUUUACAGCUGGAGAAAUCCCAGAUGCAAAGGAAAACUUCCACCAGGUUCUAUGGGCUUGCCACUCCUUGGAGAGACGCUUCAGUUCUUUGCUCCAAACACUUCUUCUGAUAUUCCUCCAUUCAUCAAAGAAAGGAUGGAUAGGUUUGGGUCUAUAUUCAGGACAAACUUGGUGGGAAGACCAAUUGUGGUAUCCACUGACCCGGAUCUCAAUUACUUUGUCUUCCAACAAGAAGGACAACUGUUUCAAAGCUGGUACCCAGAAACGUUUACAGAGAUUUUCGGACGACAGAAUGUGGGUUCCUUACACGGGUUCAUGUACAAGUACCUCAAGAACAUGGUGCUGAAUCUUUUUGGUCCUGAAAGCCUUAAAAAGAUGCUCCCUGAGGUUGAACAGGCAGCGAACAGAAGAUUACACCAGUGGUCAUGUGCGGACACCGUUGAACUAAAAGAUGCAACAGCCAGUAUGAUUUUUGAUCUGACUGCAAAGAAAUUGAUAAGUUAUGAUGCGGAUAAUUCCUCUGAGAAUCUAAGGGAGAACUUCGUUGCAUUCAUUCAGGGAUUGAUCUCCUUCCCUUUGAACAUUCCCGGAACGGCUUUUCACAAAUGUUUGCAGGGUAGGAAAAGGGCAAUGAGGAUGCUUAAGAACAUGUUACAGGAAAGACGGGCAAUGCCCAGGAAUCAGCAAAGUGAUUUUUUUGAUUAUGUCCUCGAAGAGCUUCAAAAAGAAGGAACAAUUCUCACAGAGGCAAUUGCUCUGGAUUUGAUGUUUGUGCUGCUGUUUGCCAGCUUUGAAACAACUUCCCUCGCUAUAACUUUGGCCGUUAAGUUUCUUUCAGAAUACCCUCUGGUAUUGAGACAACUGACGGAAGAGCAUGAGGCAAUUCUUAACCAGCGGGAAAAUGCUGAUUCUGGACUUUCCUGGAAAGAAUACAAAUCAAUGACAUUUACAUUCCAGUUCAUAAAUGAAACAGUUAGACUGGCAAAUAUAGUUCCGGGGAUCUUCCGAAAAGCAUUGAGAGAUAUACAAUUUAAAGGAUAUACAAUUCCAGCAGGUUGGGCGGUUAUGGUAUGUCCCCCAGCUGUACACUUGAACCCAGCAAAAUAUGAAAAUCCUGUUGCUUUCAAUCCAUGGAGGUGGCAGGGAGUGGAAUUAAAUGGCGCAUCCAAACAUUUCAUGGCUUUCGGUGGCGGCAUGAGAUUCUGUGUCGGAACAGACUUUACUAAGGUGCAAAUGGCUGUGUUUCUCCAUUGUUUGGUAACAAAGUACAGGUGGAAACCUAUCAGAGGAGGAAAUAUUGUCCGAACUCCUGGCUUGCAAUUUCCUGAAGGCUUUCACAUUCAUCUUGCAAAGAAGGAUGCGAGGAAACAGGAAGAAACAGUAAACAACUCGGCAUAAUCAAAAGAUAGUAAUUGUAAUCAGUCUCUCUGUCGGAGUGGUUAUGCCUUCGUUCAUUGUAAAUGCUUCUUCGCUUAUAUUGAGCACUGUGCUUAUGGUGCCUCGGAUGCUCAUGAUGUUUAUGAACAUGAAUUCGAGGGUUGUCAAGAUCAAUUUUGUGCCUCCGGAUAUCCCUGCUGCUACUCUGAUUAUCGGUCUCGAAAUGAUCUUCCCACCAGUCGUAAAGAGGAUCAAAGAGUCCUUUUUGAUGUAAAAGCCAUAGUAGAACAAGCACUGCAGCUCAGAGUACAGUGUAUUAUAUAUCAUUUUCUUACUCCA